AUGAGCUGCGUCGCCCAAGCGUCAGCAGGCUGCCUUGCCUACCUGCCACUGGAAGAGGACCGCCAGGAUCAGAGUGGCAAGUCGCAUGCCUGUGAACAAGUGUCUAGCCCCCUCCCCCCCGCCCGUCGCCCCCUGCCCCCCGCCCGUCGCCCCCUGCCCCCCGCCCGUCGCCCCCUGCCCCCCGCCCGUCGCCCCCCUGCCCCCCGCCCGUCGCCCCUCUGCCCCCCGCCCGUCGCCCCCUGCCCACCGCCCGUCGCCCCCCUGCCCCCCGCCCGUCGCCCCCCUGCCCCCCGCCCGUCGCCCCCCUGCCCCCCGCCCGUCGCCCCCUGCCCCCCGCCCGUCGCCCCCUGCCCCCCGCCCGUCGCCCCCUGCCCCCCGCCCGUCGCCCCCUGCCCCCCGCCCGUCGCCCCCUGCCCCCCGCCCGUCGCCCCCCUGCCCCCCGCCCGUCGCCCCCCUGCCCCCCGCCCGUCGCCCCCCUGCCCCCCGCCCGUCGCCCCCCUGCCCCCCGCCCGUCGCCCCCCUGCCCCCCGCCCGUCGCCCCCCUGCCCCCCGCCCGUCGCCCCCCUGCCCCCCGCCCGUCGCCCCCCUGCCCCCCGCCCGUCGCCCCCCUGCCCCCCGCCCGUCGCCCCCUGCCCCCCGCCCGUCGCCCCCUGCCCCCCGCCCGUCGCCCCCCUGCCCCCCGCCCGUCGCCCCCCUGCCCCCCCGCCCGUCGCCCCCCUGCCCCCCCGCCCGUCGCCCCCCUGCCCCCCCGCCCGUCGCCCCCCUGCCCCCCCGCCCGUCGCCCCCCUGCCCCCCCGCCCGUCGCCCCCCUGCCCCCCCGCCCGUCGCCCCCCUGCCCCCCCGCCCGUCGCCCCCCUGCCCCCCCGCCCGUCGCCCCCCUGCCCCCCCGCCCGUCGCCCCCCUGCCCCCCCGCCCGUCGCCCCCCGCCCCCCGCCCGUCGCCCCCCGCCCGUCGCCCCCCGCCCGUCGCCCCCCGCCCGUGAGUACUGCGACUGGUGCUAAUGUUGGAGUGGUCAGCUACGCUAAAGCAAACGCGCUGAAGGGAAAAAAAAUCUUCUAUAUGCUGAAAACUACAGGUAUUUAUUGA